GGAAGACAUCUUACUUCAAUAGUUUUUUUUUUAUAAUUGUAUGUGCCAUAAGUCAGCAUGGAAGGCUCAAUUCAUGUCACCCAAUUGAUACUCAGUUACUUUUCUGUCACCAAUCUUAAUUAUAUUACAGUUUUACAUUGUUGGGAGCAUGCAGAAAGCCAGGAUUUUGUAAGGGCCGCCUCCGAAUCAGCAUUUUUUGUAGAUUUAGUGAACCUGGAUGAGGAUGCUUUUGGCGUAAAUCGCAUAACGGAUAAAUUUCGAACUGACGUUGGAGUGGUUUUGGAUUUCGAAUGCGCUGGAAGCGAUGAACUCAUAUUGAUGUGCAUACAUCAUCACUGUUUUUCAACGUCAACUUUUUGGCUCAUAGUAGAUCGCCAUUCCAAUGGUACCAUUUUCGACUUUCUUAUGAACGUGGAUCUGUACGUAGAUUCCGAGAUCAAAGUACUCACCAGCGAUGGUUUGUUCGAUGUGUACAACAAUGGACGUCCUCUUGGCGGCCAGUUGAAUAUAACCCUCGAUAGGGACAUUAUUCCGGAUACUAGCUGUUUAGGUCCCAGUCGAUUUGACGGUAAACCCAAAUAUGAACAUCGUCGAACGCUUUCGGAUUUGACGAUGAGGGUAGGAACCGUGUCGCAGAGAUUCCCGCUGUUGAACCACUCGAUAGAGCAGAUUGUCACCCAUCUGGAAUCGGAUAAGGAUCGUCACAUGGAUCAUGCCGUGCGCUUCGGCCAUCGACUGAUCAAAGCUUUGCAUUCGACUUUGCGUUAUAAUGUUCGCUAUAUUCACUACGACUGCUGGACGUUCAAUGAUUCUACUGGGGGUAUUCUGGGCGCACUGGUUAACAGGGAGAUUGAUCUUUCGUCAACAGGCUUGAUGACAAAGAUCAAAAGAAUGGAACACCUUGCAAGCGUUAUGAGUUACAUGACCUUUGAAUUGAUGUUCGUCUUCAAAACUCCGGAGAGCACUCAACUGACCGAUAACGCCUUCAUCAGACCAUUUUCGACCAACGUUUGGCUCAUGAUUUUGUUGACCAUCGUACUCGGCAGCAUUGUCAUGAAGUUCAGCUUCACCGCAGAGUACAAACUAAGAGAUAACUUCAAUGCCAAGGAGAACCCACCUUUUAUGAGCUUGAUCGUCGAAUUUCUCGGAAACUACUGUCAGCAAGGAUCACAAUACAUGCCGGAAAGCUUAUCUGGAAGGGCAAUGCAGCUUUUCAUGCUGCUAUGCACCCUGAUGGUAUACAAUUAUUACACAUCGGAAAUAGUGUCGGAUUUGAUCGGAAGCCAUAAGGAAUCAGAUAUCAAAUCGUUGGUUCAGCUCGCUAACAGUCACAUUGAGUUGGGUAUCGAGAACGUAACAUAUGAGAAGGCUUUUUCUACUUUCUUCUUUUCCUAGGAGUCUCACCUACCCGACGUGGACUACCUCACCAAGAAGAAAGUUACCGAUAAAACCUUCGUCAACUCAUCGGUGGGCCUCCAGCGAGUGCGUCGAGGCGAUUUCGCCUACAACUGCGAACGGAAUGUGGCUUACAAUCUGAUACGGGAUACGUUCGACUCGACGGAAGUCUGUGACCUCAACGAGCUAGAAAGCAUGCCAACGCAGUUCGUGGAUCACGUGGUGCGCAAAGAUUCGCCCUUCCGUGAGCUGUUCAGAGUAAAGUACACCCGAAUGUUGGAGGUUGGCAUCAAGAAGAAGUUUUCCGAUUAUUGGGUGGCCAAGAAACCGGAAUGCUUUUCUGGAAGUAUUAUAUCCAGUGUGACCAUAGCCGGUGCUUUGCCGAUAUUUGUCCUACUUGGUUUCGGGUUGUUCCUAUCGGCAGUGGUUUUCGGAGCAGAAAUUUUGACGCGGUUGAUUUCUGAACAUUCUUCCAGGGCGUUCAUGGAUAAAACCUUUGAAAAGAUCACUGCGGAUGGAAAAGUGAAAAAGAAAUUCCUGUAA